AUGACCAUUAACACGAACCUAUGCCUGGCCUGCUCAUCAUCGCUGCCGCCUAAAUCAUACGAAUCUGCCUUUCACACCAAGUGCUGUCGUCGUCCGAUCUGUCCAUCCUGCCUCUCGUCCAACCCUCGCUUAGCAAGAUAUGAUCCUUGCCUCGCCUGCUUGAGCGGUGUCGGUGUGGUGGGGCACUCUGGCACCGCGGCCAAGCCGACUACCUUGAACACGCCAGUCAACAUUGACGGGGGACUGAAGGAUGAAGACACCUUCGUUUUAGGCUCGGACGAUGACGAUGACGAAGACGACUCGGACGCACGCGAACCCCCUCCAGCGUAUGAACCAGUAGAACCAGCGCCAUCUUCAGCAAUCAUCGCAUCCGAGACCGUGCCUUCAGACGCACAAGACGCUCAGCCUGACCCUUCAAAUGUCCAGCACGAGGUAGAUGGGCCAUUGAAGUACUACCUCAAGCGCGGAGACACCCUCCGGGGGAUAUCUUUCAAGUACGCUGUGGAUGGGCGGGAACUCUGCAAGCUCAAUACUCUACCCCCUAGCACACUCAGCACGACCCCGCAUCUCUUGCACACCCGUACAUUCCUCGUUCUGCCGCCAUCCGCGCGUAGCAAGCUCGCCGCAGCGCAAACGCCGCAAGAAGCAGCGCAGCACGAAGCCAGGCGAGCACGACAACGAGCAGAGAAGCGACUGCAGACGCUCACCAAGGAGGCAGAUUGGCGAGUGGCGCGGGCGUACAUCGCUCUGGCUGAUGAGGAUGACGCGGAACGCGACGCGAAGAUGAAGGAAAUGGGUAUUAAGCAUCCCGGUCCGUGUGCUGGUACUUCUCGCUUGGAGAGAUACGCCGUAGAGCAGUAUCUCGAGGACGACGAGUGGGAGGCCAAUGAACGACGGGCCGGAAGGCAGCCGCGUCUGCCCUCGCUACCUUCGUCAUCAGCAGCGCCGCCACCGAAGGAUCGCCACUGUUGGAAAAGAUAG